GCGGGCCCGGCCGCCAUCUUGUUUGUUUGUGUCUGGGUCUCCAGGCGGUGGUGAGUGGGCGCCCGUUGCUCUGUGGCCGAGUGAGGGAGGCCGAGCGCCGGCCCCUCGGCACGGCCUUUGAUACUCCAGCUUCUUUUAAACUGUUAUAGACACAGAGGAAUGGAUACAGUGCCAUAAGAGGAACAGAUCGAGUAUUCCUAAUAAGCGUGCAUUAAGCAGGACUUGUGUGGAUUUUAAAACAUCUCUUCCCUGGAGAUAUUGGUCCUGAGGGCUGGUCCUCUGGCCCAUACACCUACAGCCAGCGUAACCAGACCUAUGCGCUGUGCUCCAUGUCUCCUCUGAGUUGUGGCCCAGUAACGCAAUGUGCCUUUUGGACACCAUGGAAGUGGGGAAAUACAGUAACAACACAGUUCCAGAGAGAAGCAAAGGAGUUCUCUUGGAGCCCUUCAAUCAUCAGGUUGGCGGGCACACCAGCAUGAUGCGCUAUGAUGACCAUACAGUUUGUAAGCCCCUCAUCAGUCGGGAGCAGAGGUUCUACGAGUCAUUGCCACCAGAAAUGAAAGAAUUUACUCCAGAGUACAAAGGUGUUGUGUCAGUGUGUUUCGAAGGAGGUCGUGAUGGUUACAUUAACUUAGUCGCAUACCCAUACGUGGAAAGUGAAAAUUUGGAGCAGGAAGAGGUUCAAGAAAGAGAACAACCCCGCAGGAAACAUUCACGGAGAAGCCUUUACCGGUCAGCUAGUGGCAAUGAGCAUCUGAUCCAGAUAGACAAUUCUGACAGCGCAGAGAGCUCUCAGGAGAUGAAGAGUCCAAGGAUGGAGUUACAGAUUUCGUCUGACAUUCCCUUCCAAAUGCUGGAUAGCAACAGUACACUGAUUUCAGAGAAGAUCAGCUUCAACCCUUGGAGUUUACGCUGCCACAAACAGCAGCUGAGUCGUAUGCGCUCUGAAUCAAAGGACCGGAAACUGUACAAGUUUCUGCUGCUGGAGAAUGUGGUUCAUCACUUUGGGUAUCCUUGUAUUCUGGAUCUAAAGAUGGGGACUAGGCAGCACGGAGAUGAUGCAUCCGAGGAAAAAGCAGCACGGCAGAUAAAGAAGUGUCAGCUGAGCACAUCAGGAGCACUGGGUGUGCGAGUUUGUGGGAUGCAGGUAUAUCAGUUAGACUCAGGGCAUUACGUGUGCAGGAACAAGUACUAUGGCCGUAGCCUUUCCAUUGAAGGGUUUGGGAACGCUCUGUAUGAGUUCCUGCACAAUGGCAGGUACCUGCGAAAAGACUUGUUUGAUGCAAUUCUGCAGAAACUUCGAAGUCUGAAAGGGGUUCUAGAGAAGCAGGCUUCUUAUCGUUUCUACUCCAGCUCCUUACUGAUCAUCUAUGAUGGAAAGGAAGAAAAGCUGGAAGUGCAACAGAACUCUGCAGAGGUACUGAGCCAGGACAACAUGCAGGAAAACAUCAGCUCCUUACCAUCUUCAUCUUGCUCCUCGACCAACACUGGGAACCUGCCAAAAAUCGAUGUGAGGAUGAUAGACUUUGCCCACAGUACGUACAAGGGGUUCCGGGAUGACCAAACUGUGCAUGAUGGGCCAGACAGAGGCUACAUCUUUGGACUAGAGAACCUCAUUAAUAUUCUUGAAAAGAUUCAACUUCAGAAUCAGUAGCAUAUUCAAAAUCUUUCCUGUUUCUUUACCUAUUACUCUAGGGAGGGUGUGACCUUCUCCCUCUCAAGCACAUACUUAUGACUGCUCACUUUGAUGCUCAUCACAGCGAUGACAUCACAGGAAAAAAAUUACUGUCAAUUUUUGGCAGGUUAUUAGACAAAAAAAAGGAGUUUGUUGUUUGAACUGUUUGUUAUACCCCAGUGUAUAUAUAAAACCAUUAUAUAGUCGUGUGAAGCAGCACUGCCUGUACUGACACUAGUGCAAGGGAGCAAUGUCAUUCACUGAGCCAUGCAGUAGAGUGGAAGUUGCCAGUGUGAGGGCAGCCACUCGGUACCAAAGCAGCAAGCAGGCCAGGUAAUUCCUCUACAGUUCCCAAAGACUGAGGCUGCAUGAAUAGCUGUAUAUUUGUAAAUGCUGGGACAAAUUUCCUCAUUUAUGACCACCUGAAUGUGAGUAAAGAACUCCAUAAUCUAGCACUCAGGUUCUUUAGCUGACAGGUGUGUGGGUUUGUUUUGAAUUUCACUUUUUCCCUUGAAUAUUAUUCCCUCUGUACCUUGCCAGAGUUAAUGUCUCAUUUGCCAGCAAUUUAAUGCACAGAGCCUGUGGCUCGCCUGCUUUUUGGAAGGCCGUUGCAUGUUCUUCGGAAGGUAGAUCAGAGUAGUGUUCCAAGAGUUGGAUCACGGACCAACGUUGUUCUACUGCAAAGGACUGUGUAUGUCACAAUGUCAGAGCUUUACAGUGGUGAUAUGAAUGUCCUAAUGCAAGAGAUUUUUGCUAACUAGCACAAAUUUGUCAAUACUGGUUGAAUAAGAAGACAAAAAAAAUAACAGUGCUGUUGCAGGUUUCCUGUGAAUGUUACUGGGAGUGGCAUAAAUGUAGAAAUACUUCCCAUUGUUCAUUCCCACAUGGAAUUGACUUUCACCUGUUAUUUGUGUAACUGCAUAUAUACAUCUUGCUGUUUCGGGGAGAUAUUUAGGCAUUCGUAGAAAGCACAUUGCCUUGUACCCUCUUAAUAUAAAGCACUUAUGUCGUCAUCCUUUUGUUCAAAAUAUGUUUAUACACCUUUGUGUACAAAUAUUUCCAGUAUUUAAUGAGUUGCAACUAAUUUUACUGUGUAGUUUUUAAGAUUGCUAUAUUGUUAUGUUGAUCCUAAAUCUUUAUUUUUGUCUUUGUGUACAUUUCAGUCCAGAUCAUGACAUACUGAAGAGCCCUGCCUUACAGAAUGCUGUCCAUCCCCUUUCAGUGGCAUGUGUAAGAAAAGCUGAAAGCUGCAGUGGCUUGUUCCAGAAUGAGGCACGGAUUGGCUCAGCUGAAUGCAUAGCUCAGGUUUGCUCCAGUAUUAAAGCCCUGAUUGGUUGGCUGGCUGGCAGCUGAGAACACUGCCCCAUGUGGCUGAGGUUGGAGACCAUAUUGUGAAAUUAAUGAGUCUAAUCAGGAUGGAGUGCUGCCUGCUCAAAGUCUAGGUUUUAAUUUAAACACACCUGUGAGUGUUUUACUGUGAGCCCAGGGCAUGUUUGGACCUGCUCACGAUACAUCUAUUUGUACUUAAAAACAUGAAUAUGUGUUGGACCUGCAGGUAUUGCCCUUUCCCCAGCAUUGGACCAAAGGGAAAGUUGUGGUAAUUUCACAAUCAUAUUUCUUGGGUUGGUUAUGACCAAGGUUUCACUGCAAGUUCCUGAGAUUCUGGCUCUGGCAUUUGAUUAGGUUUGAUAGGUUUCUAACUAGGACCAAUAUCAUUUUGGGGUUAUGUUCUGUGACGGGGACUGAAUUGUCCCCUCGUAUGCAGCAUGAGAUAUAUAGAACAGGUAUGGGAGAGUCUACACGAUUUGCCAGAGAGAGCUAUGGGCAAGUUCCCAACUACUACAGUUCUAAACACUUUACAGGGACAUUUUUGCUGACUUGCUUAACCUUGUUUGAGCAGAUGAUUCUUCUUCAGAGAAUUCAUUAACUAUGAGUUGGUCUCUCUUGUGAUGCUUGUGGGUACAUUAGAGCAUGAGCCAUGGACCAUUUAUGUUGUAGUUAAUAACAUGAAAUAUUAGCUUGAGUGUUUCACAUCCUCCUUGUACUUUGCCCUAUAGACAGAUUGGAUUGCUUCCUGUAUUUUGCAAGCACAUACCAGAAGUGACUUCUUGUCUUUCAGAUGUUCAAAAGAGAACAUAAAUCUAGAUUCUUUCUGAGAUGCCUUUGAAGGCUCCUCAGCAGCUCAACAUGAAUUACAGUUCACUAUUGAAUACAGUUCACUCAUAAAGCCAGUGGUUGGGGACCUGAGUGGUCCUGUUUGUGUCUUUCCUUAUGCCCGUCCCAUAUCAAAGCCCCUACUUCCCAGGGGAAUUAAGCACUUGGGAACAUAACUGUCGUUAUUGUAGUGCCUAGGUCAGUUCGAUAGAGCUGACAGAAAAGGCACCGCUUCCCAGUUUAGCAGGUAAAUGACACCAGCUUACCUCAAUGGAACCCCACUGCAACAUUGAACAAAGAAAGUUUCAUUCAUCGUCUUCAAAAUGUCUAAACCACUGCAUUCAGAAACAGGGCAGUACUCAGCAUUGUGAGAAGAGAAAAGUACUUCCCCAUCACCUUGUUCUGGAUCUUUCAAUUUAGCAACAUGCUGGAAACCGUCCUGAGGUUAGGAGUGAGCACCAGUGAAGAAGACUGAAUUCACAGGCCAUAUUCACUGAGGCCUAGGGCACCAAGAAUCAAAAGGUUGGGAAAUGGUUCAAAGGAUAAAUUGGAGGGCACGGAAAAGGGCAAAGGUCCUUGGGUAGGCUAUUGGUGACUUUUUUAAAUCCUAGCAUUGCUUUUUUAAUUAUAUUUUACUUUCAGGUGUAACUGGAUCUGUCGGGACCAGUAUGGCUGCCAGAUGUUUGGUAAAAUUUCAGGCAUUUUUUAAUUCUUUUAGAAGCAGUUGCUGGUUGCUAAUUGGCUGAUUAAUGGAAGAUUGUUUUAAUACAGUAGUCUUUUAUUGUAGCUGUGCGGUGGUUUGAAUAGAGGAGUGGACAGUCACCCCUCUCAUUCAUUAUGCUAAUUCACUUCUCUGAUCUUGAAGCAAAAUCCAAGUUGUGUUGUUAAAAUGAUGUUGCAAUCCUCAGUACAAUUACUUAACACGUACAUAACAAUAUAUCUGUUGAGAAACUUUGCACAAAUCUACAUCUAGCAGGUGGAUAUGAACAGGCCUGGAACCAAGACACUGGCAGAGAAUGAAAUAUGUUGGAAUAAUUUAACUUGUACAUUAGUAAUUUAAAUCCUUUCUUUAAAAAGAAAGGCAAAUAUGCUGGGAGCAUUUCUGCUUCUGAGCUGUGCCCACUUUUCUGUUUCUGAAGUAAGUGUGUCAUAGAAGGGAAAGGAUACAAGUGUUAAUGUGCCAUCUCACUCUGCCUGACUACAGGUGGCCAGAACAGAAGAUGUGAGAUGCCCAUCACCAAACAUCUUAAAAAAAAUCAAAUUCAAACUUUCUUAUUAGUUGUUCUCUCAAAGAGAAAUGCAGGUAGAAGAUUAACUUUCUGAACAAAAAGCACAGCUAUUUAAAAAUAGAGCCUGUUAAGGGAAAUAAAGGAAAGGAAUGCUACAAGCCUUGGUUUUGGAACACAGUGUCGUGGAUCGCUGUCCUUUCUCAUCCCUGGAACAUUAAAUGUAGUUGUUCCAGUUGCCAAGGAAGAUCUAGUUAUUUCAAGUGUUUCAGGUGUGCGUGUUCCUGGAACAGCCUGGCUCCAAGGUACUGUAUGGAUACAACACGUCAUUAAGGCUUGCGGAUACCUGAUUGUUGUGAUGGUGCAGCCCAGUCCAGAUAUUCUGUCCAGUUCAAUUAGGUUGUUCAGGCUUGGUUGUGUUUUCAAUUAUUUCAAACAGAAAUGACAAAUGUACAGAACUGAGGGGGUGACCAGCACUGGUGGAAUUUCCAGAUACCUAGUUACUAAUUGCUUCCAAACCAGGUAGGUUUCAAAGUACACCUACCUAUAACUUGGGAGCUGGUGUUCCCCAAACUGUGCUGGCAAAUGUAUUUUCCCACUCAAUAUGAAAUCUAUCUUUUGUGAACUAAUGGCAUUCUCUUAAUGCUGACUCCCAUCCCUGGAGACUGACAGUCAAAUCAUUGCACUGAGAAAAAGCAGUGAUAUAUUUGCCCUUUUCUUUACUCAGCUAAGACCUGAACCUAACUAAUGAGAAGGGAUGCUGUAGCUUUGAUGUAAUGCUCGCUAUUGGAAAGUGGAGGGAAUGUGGGGAAAGUCGAGGCUAAAAACAUUUUCCUUCUUCCACUGAGGUUGCUAAAGUCACAAGGGCUCCUGAAAGUUGUACUAAACCAUUUGCCGGAGAUGUAGGGAACCAUUAAUUAUCUGCACAGCAUUAAACCGGAGGUAAAGUCCCUCAGCACCCAACAAGAUAUGGGAAUUGUUUUAUAACAUGAUUAAUUUAUUCAAAGUUUCACUGGUUUCUUUUCAUUGUAUUUCUGUUCCGUGACUAUAUCUUUAAUGCUAAUAAACUAUCUUCAGGAAUCUGUGGGCAUGAGUAUACUGUAUCCCUGUGAUCUGUGUUUGAUAGUGUUACCUCCAGUUGUCACAGUUACAUAUGAAAUAAAUACAUUUAGGAGUCAUAUAAUUCUGCUUGAUCUUUCAUUGGUUAUUUUGUCUUGUAGAAAGAUGAUUCCAUAGAGCAGUACAUGCCAGAAAAAGACAGGUAAUACCUAGGAUCUGGUUAACUAAUGACAAGUAACAUAUAUGCAACUUGAGAGCCAUGUAAUGACCAUCUCAACUUGGAAUAUAGCUUGAUGAUCUCCUGGUCUUUAAAGGCACUGGUACAGUCUUCAGGAAAGACAGGAGAUCAGGUAAGCUCUUGUACACAGUCACUGCACUGAAACUAGUGACAUUUGUAGUGACGUUAGGAGUGGGGUGUUGAGUGCGAAGGUUGUUGGUUUCUAGGUUCCAGUUGGGCUUAAUCCUUGGUAUCACUAAGGUCAGAUCAUCUUCAAUUGUCUCACUAUAGGAGAGAGGGUUAUAGUGCUACUUUCCUGCCAUUUUGUCUUUACAGGGGUUGGGCAAUUCCUUGAUAUAUUGAGGAUUUAAUCCCCAAAUAUUGUUUCCAUUGGGUGAAUGGUCUUGAUUUUUUUCAUCUCUAGCAAUUGGUUGGUGGGGAAGGAAG